AUGAGCGGAUUGUACAGUUCUCCAUCUCAUAGUUUACUGGAAGAAGCUCUGAGCUUUGGAGAAGCUGAUGACGCCGUUUAUUUGAGCUCCUCCCGGCCUAAGGCCGCGCUUCCGAGCGGCGGCGGCGGCGGUGGCGGAGGAAGUGGCACCGUGGUGCUGAUUGAGGAUUGUGUUGAGACCAAUGGGGGUUUCAUUCUCCACCACCUCAUCAAGCGCGCGCUCUCCCCGAACCGCCCCUCUGACGUCGUCGUUUUCGUUUCAUUCGCCCACCCUUUCUCUCAUUAUGACCGCAUCCUCCGCAAGAUGGGUUGCAAUUUAUCCGGGCACCGGGAGAAUAAGCGAUUCAUAUAUCACGACAUGCUUUCCAUGAACUCUCCAGGUUCGGUAAGAGAUGGUAUUGAAGCUACAGAUGACUUGCUUAUGACUCUAUAUGGGAAAAUUCAAAAAGCAGUGGAACUCUACUCUUCACCUGAAGGAAGCAAGCAUGUCACCAUUAUGAUUGAUGAUAUUUCUCUCAUGGAAGUGGCUGUUAAUGGCUUAUCCAAUCACGUCGUAGAUUUUUUACAUUACUGCUAUAGUUUAACAACACAAUUUGGUUGCUCGAUGAUCAUUCUUAAUCAUGAAGACAUAUAUUCCAGCUUGGAGCAGCUUAGCCCACUUCUUCAUUUGGAGUACCUUGCAAACGUCGUCAUAAAGGCAGAACCUUUAGCCACUGGUUUGGCAACCGAUGUUCAUGGCCAGCUGACGGUGUUCAACAAAGGGAUUUGUCGACGCAAUGGAAAAUCCAAAAGCAAGAUUCGCAAUUUCCAGUUCAGAGUUAAAGAAAACAAGGUUGAAUUCUUCUAUCCGGGGAGCCAGACAUGA